AUGGAGGAGGGACAGAAGCGUACUCUCACACAGACCCCAAUCUUCGACUGUUAUGGCGCCAGCUUGGACAGCGCAAAUGUGGAGAUGAAAGAGCCCGGGGAGAAGAUAAUCGAUGAAUCAACACCAGAAGGGCCAAUUGAAGUGGUAAGCGUGGCGGACUGGCUGGCAUUGCUGGGUAGCGCAGCUACUGACGUCCCGCCCAAUGGUCAGUGCGGAUGGAACGCAUGGUAUGCAGCAAUUACGAAUUUAUGGGGAGAUGUAUUGGUGCUCAACGAGGAAGAAACACUGCUCUCUUCGUCAUACAAGACGCGAGCAAUGACAUUUAUGCUAGCAAGACUGCAAUGGGCAGCUGAACUAGAUGAAUUUGAUGUGGACGACCUGUACAAGGCGCUCACUAACACGUCGAUUGACUCCUGCUCCAUGGAUCAGAAGCUCUUGGCAAUAGCGUCGGCUCUUUCGCGGGUGCGAAAUUACUCAGUCAACUGCGAGGCCCCUCUUUCGGAUUGGGUACGCACCGUUCAGCUCCAGGCCAUGGCCACGUAUCUAAGAGAACCGCUCUUUGUGAUUGACGAGCUCGAAACGGGGCAGACAUUUGUACACUGUCAUGCCUACGCCAAAGCUAAACCUACCCAUGGAGGCAACUACGAACAAUCCAAGACCUUUUUGCUGGACAAGGCGUCGGCACAAAGCCUGUUUAGUGCCAUGAGAGCAGCAAGCGUACCGCCGACAGUGUUGAUCCUGAGGCAUCAGGCAACCGGAAAUCACUUCAACGCGGUGACGUACCCUCCAGAACGCUAUGAAUAA